UCGUCGGCCCUUCUUCCUCCUCCUCAUCCACCGCUCUGCAAGAAUUAAGGCUUCCAAAUUCUAGGGUUUCACAUAUCCACCUGGCGAUGUCAACCUUCACCGGCGAUGAGACGGCCCCCUUCUUCGGAUUCCUCGGAGCCGCGGCGGCUCUUGUUUUCUCCUGCAUGGGGGCCGCGUACGGGACGGCGAAGAGCGGAGUUGGAGUUGCUUCAAUGGGAGUGAUGCGACCGGAGCUCGUGAUGAAGUCGAUCGUGCCCGUUGUCAUGGCGGGAGUGCUCGGGAUCUAUGGGUUGAUCAUUGCUGUGAUCAUCAGCACCGGGAUAAACCCUAAGGCCAAGCCGUACUAUCUCUUCGACGGCUACGCUCACCUCUCGUCCGGACUGGCUUGUGGUCUCGCUGGGCUUUCUGCCGGGAUGGCGAUCGGGAUCGUCGGAGAUGCUGGCGUUAGUCCAACCUUGGGACGAGUCUGAGGGUUGAAGCAGUUGGCUAAGCUGGUCUUCGUCAAAGGUAACUAACUUCAUACUCUUAUGGCCAAAGUUUUAUUCACUUUAUUGGGACUUCGUCGAUGUUAGUGAGGUGCACCAUUGCAGAGGAUGGUAAUAGACCAGACCAAAAUUACAUCUUUGACAAUGACAUUGUCAUGGUGCAAGCUUCAUAACAGCUAUCAUUGCAACCAUGCCACUGAUUUGACUCCCAUCCGCUUGAACAGGCAUGUUACCUUUCAUUCAAAUCAUGAUUGUGCCAGGUAACAUGAACAAUGAUGGGGGCUCCGAUUGUGAGGAGGUAAGAUGUAAUCGAAAGCAUGUGGAAGAAAAAGACUUCACUAAUGCUUCUCAUAGCUGGUGCCACAGGCGGGUUCUCGUGUAAACAUCACUGCAUGGAUUAAUCUUUCACAGUUGAUCAAAAAGUUUGUCUAUGGAAUGAUAUGGUUAUUCACUGGCCAAGAAGGUUAAUCUUUUUUCUCACCGAAAGGUAGACUGUGUUCGUCCUGGAUCUAAAAUAAUAUGCACCAAGCUGUGUCACUAACUAGGCCCCCCUUAAGGAGUAAAUAUUGACCAUUUUCCUAUGCCAGCUCUUAUUAAAAUCUCUCAGUAGCUUUCUCCGAGUAAGUUUCCUGUGUCCACAUGGCAAAUCAUCUCUCAUGUUAGCUUGGUUAGUUAUCUCAAGGUGGAAUAUGUGGCAAGCUUGAAACAGGAAUUAUGCAGUUUCCACUCUCAAAGCACUGCUUUAUGUAUUGUAAACUACUUUUCCCACUAGUUGCUGCAUCCAAUUCUUUUUCCAAAUUCUGCCCACUUGCCUAUAUCUAUGCUUAGAAUGACAUUUAUCUUUGGAGGUGGUGGCUGUUCAUUUGCUUCCCUGUCCCUUUUACAUGAUUCUUCUACCCCUAGAUAACUGCAUGGAGCAUUAGGUUUUGCAGACCUCUUAGAUUAUUCUUACUCUGUUGAAUUUUAUUGUGUAUUAUUUACCACCAUGAUCCUGCUCUUACUAACAGCUUCUUUGUAUUUUUCGGUGCUGUCUACUCCCCUGCAUAAAUUUCUGAAAUAUCAACUUCAAUAUCGAUUUCUGAGGUGCUAGUUUUUUUUUACAAUAUCCAGCUCUUGUAAUAUCAUUUUCUUCAACAUUGACUGUCAGUGAAAUGGUAAUCUGCAACAUGAGUCAUGGAGCUAGUACAGUUUGAAGUUUUACAAGCUUUUGCUUAUAUUUAUCUGCAUCUGUUCCUCCUUAUGUUCUUCCAUUUAUUUUGCUUGUCUGUAGCUGGCCAUGGGGGCUUGUGAAGCACUGGUA